CUGCUCUAUGUACUACGUUAGUUAUUCCGUGCGAUUGCAGCUAGUGCUACCUCGACUAGGAGUACGACACGAGUGUCCCGCCCGCUAUGAAGACUAGCUGAGUGGUCGUGCAUCUACUCGAUAAAAAAACGAGUGUCGUGAGCGGAUCAUGAGCGCGAGGGUACUAGCUUGGAGUGUCAGAACUGGUAUGUCUUCAAAAGACGCCAGGAGUAACGAGACCGUCAGAACAUAUUAUUGUUGCUUGCUGUAGAAGUUCUUGCAAUGCAUACUCAUUUCUUUUCAGUUGGAAACCUGCAAUAUUGUACUAGGUGGAGCUAUUCGAGAACUAGUUCAGAAGCAAGUAGAAUCGCGACGGUACGUUACUAGACAAAAAGUGCAGAAAAGGCAACCGUCAGACCCGAACUCUCGUCGGCGCAAUCAAAAAAGAUGCUGGAUGGCAUUGGUGCAAAUUCCGUGCCCCCGCUGUGCAGCAAGCAGUCUCACCCGCUGGCGGCCUACAACCAGCGCACCCAUUUUCAGAUCGGUGUCGAGGAUGACAAAGGCGCUCGGGAGCAGGGUGCCAUGCACCGGACGUUUACCGACCCAAAAGUGGUGUACUGCCGCUACAUUCCACAUAUGCAUUGCAAAAGUAUCUUCGCACUGGUAUAGAUAAACUGCACCAGCAUGCCAAAUGAUAAUUUUCCCACGGAGAAAAAUCGAAUUCGUCAUGCAGAUCUGUAUCUGUCAUGCUCAUGCCGCGCUGCAAUCAGUACGAGUGCCAUACUUUUACAGAGGAUACCACCCGACAAAAACGCCAGCAUCGUCGGGAUGACGCAGGGCGAGAACGCUGACUGGGUGUCGGAGCAGCACGCGAGGUUUCUCAACAACGGGCCGCAGAAACGACGGGACGCGUUCGAAGGUGCAGAUUCGGUCGUGCACUUUGGGGACGAUCCCAGGGAGGUACUUAUCUUCAACUCAAAGUUGCUAGUAUGGGACUGACUGAGCGGCAGUCUUUCGUCUAUCCAUGAUUUUGAUUAUGACUUUAUUUUUAGCACCAGAAGUCCUCGUUAUUCGCGGAUCCAAUUUGGUAUCAGCAAUAUGAAUAUUAUCGAUAGAGGAAACAAGGAAAAUCCUGCGAUGCGCAAUGAAUUGCAUCACCUUCGACUCGCGAACCUAAGAGUGAAGAAAGAUGCAAAUUCACUUAACCACUAUAAUGGAAGGAUCUGACAAAUAGGUGGAAUCCCAGUACACGUUUACCCACAAGCCGGGGCAGAACGCGAAAGAGAUGCCACCCAACACGCACAAGUGGCCGGAAUGGCCCAAGAGCAAUGUGCUCACCGGCGCGAUACGGACCGACUUGGAGCCCCGGUUUCGUAAGGACCAAAACCUGAAAUCGCAAAAUUUCAGCCACAUCAACGAAGACAACACGAACAUACGUAACCCAACCACCGGCGUGUACCACGCCCGCCCGGUGCACAACGGCCCCACGUCCCACGAGUACGUGCAACGGGAAAACAAAACCGUGCAUCCAUUGAUCAGCAGUGGGGCCAUUCGCCAGCGAACCAGUAUGGAUCGGCGCUGAGCUGCUUUAUUGCAGAGCGAUCGAAUUACAACGAUGAACUGAAAGGUUGAUCUUGAUGUAAUACUAGUAAUCGACGAAUAUGAAGAAAAUGAAUGCACCGUAGCUUUGCUCUUGAAGGAAGCUAGUUUGGAUGACAUCAAACGCACAACUGAACUUUUCGAGUUCAAGAAGCUUGGAUGAUUAUUGUAUUCUGGCACUGGUGCUGCUGUGCUGCACUCAGUAUCUAUUUUGGGGAUUGAUUUGUUAUUGUUUCUCAAGUAUACACUUUUCUGGUUUCGAGGAUGAGGAUCUUCAGCGAUAUUUUGCGGUGAGAAUGAUAGUUGCUGCG